GAAAGUGACGUUAUAGGCUCUCUGCCCAAUGCUUCCUCUCCCCCUCCCCCUCCUUCUUCCUCUUCGUCCUCUAUAUCACUUUUUCUCGUGAAUCGAAUCAAAAAGUGGACAACUUCAGCAUCCCCACGUAAAUUCUUCACGAGGGCUUCAAUAAAGCUGGCUCACUUUUGUCUUCAUUUCAAUCUGUUUUUGAUUCAAAACACAUUUUCUCUGAGACCCUUUUGCUCUGAGAGUUCAUAUCGAGAAGGGCUUUUGAUACGCUUCACUGUCAUUGUGAAUUGCGUUGCAGUUCUUCUUCUUCUUCUUCCUCUGCUUCAUCCUCCAUAUCACCUUUUCUCGUGAAUCGUAUCAAAAAGUGAACAACUUCUGCACCCCCGCGUAAAUUCUUCACGAGGGCUUCAAUAAAGCUGCUCACUUUGUCUUCAUUUCAUUCCUUUUUUUUUAAAUCCAAAACACAUUUUUUCUGAGACCCUUUUGCUCUGAGAGUUGACAUCGGAGAAGGGCUUUUGAGUAUGAGAUUGGAGGAGAGGUUUGAAGCUGUUAACAGGUACCGGAAAAAGGUCUUUUGGAUGGCCAAAGCGGCGGUAAAGAAGGCGGUGAGGAACAACGGCGGCGGCGGAGUGAAGAAGAAGAAGAAACAGUUGAGGUUUCAGUACGAUCCUUCAAGCUAUGCAUUGAAUUUCGACGACGGCGGAGGAGCAUCUCCUCAAAGAUUCUCCGGCGAUGUCAAGAACAUCACUUGGGUUUAUUAUGUUGUCUUUGUUGAAUCUUGUCGACAUUGAUUCGAUUCUCAA